UGUGAAAAAGUUUAGGCACAAAGGUCCUUUGGAUAUGUUUAUCACUUCAACUCCUAAAGAAGUAAUGCAAGCUAGGAAGGAAAGGAAAGGAAUUUUUGGUGCUUGUAAUAAGGAGUUAAGGGAGAAAACUUGUAGGACAAUUGGUAAGUGGUUUUAUGAUGCGGGAAUUCCAUUCAAUGCAGCUACCUAUGCUAGCUUUGGAGCAAUGAUUGAAGCUAUUGGUCAAUAUGGUCCCGGAUUAAAACCACCAAGUAUCUUGAACAAAGAAGUGAAAGAUGUUGAGAUGCAAGUAGAGGAGAGCAAGAAAGAGUGGGCAAGUAAAGGUUGUUCAAUUUUAUCCGAUGGAUGGCGUGAUUCGGUUGUCCAAAAGGAUAUUAUAAACUUCCUUGUCAAUUCUCCUAAGGGUUCCGUGUUCAUAAGAUCAUUGGAUGUUUCGGAUGUUGUGAAAGAUGCGGAGUUAUUGUAUAAACUUCUAGAUAAGAUGGUGGAUGAAAUUGGAGAGGAAAAUGUGUUCAAGUGGUGACGGACAAUGCAUCCAAUUAUGUCAAAGCCGGAAAAAAAAACUUGAAUCUAAGAGACCUCAUCUUUAUUGGACUCCUUGUGCUGCUCAUUGUAUUGAUUUGAUGUUAGAAGACAUUGGCAAACUACCAAGAGUUUUGAAUGCACUAAAGAAGUGCAUGAUCAUCAAUGGCUAUAUUUAUAACCAUACCUCUCUGGUGAACUUGAUGAGGAAGUUGAUGAGGAAGUUCACACAACAAAGAAAUUUACAUAGGCCAUCAAUUACUAGGUUUGCAACAUCUUUCAUUACACUAGCUCAAUUUCAUAAGCAAAAGGGCAACUUGAGAAAGAUGAUAACCUCUCAAGAAUGGAGUGCUUCCAAGUGGCAGAAGGAAGCGGGAGGAAAGAGAAUUGCAACUUAUAUUUUGCAAGCAAGCUUUUGGAAGAAUGUGGUGUAUGCUCUUAAGCUAACAAGUCCCCUUGUUAAGGUGCUAGACUUGUUGAUGGGAGAAAAAGCCUCCGAUGGGACACAUUUAUGAAGCCAUGGAUAGAGCUAAAGAGACUAUAGCGAAGACUUUUGAAUUAGGAGAAGAGAACUACAUUAAGGUAUUUGAGAUCAUUGAUAAAAGGUGGGAUAGUCAACUUCAUCAUCCUUUGCAUGCAGCGGGUUUUUAUAUUAAUCCAGAACUUCAUUAUGAUCAUUCCGUAAAUGUAAAUUGUGAGGAAGUUUUGAAAGGUUUGUAUGAUUGUAUUGAAAGGCUAGUUCCGGUUGUGGAAACUCAAGAUAAAAUACUUGCAGAGUUGGAUGAAUUUAAGAAUGCUACCGGUCUCUUUGGUCGUGCAAUGGCAAUUAGGGGAAGG